GGCAAAUUAAAAUUUAAUCAAAAUAUUAAAAUGACUACAAAUCUUUCUAACAAAAUUUUACAAGCUAUAUUUAAGUUGCUUGACAGUGAAUACAAGCGAGAUUAUUAUGGUACUUUAUUUAAUUGUGCUUUAGUUAAUCGACAAUGGUGCGAUAAUGCGAUUCCUAUACUGCAUAGACUUCCUCUUAUUGAAAACAAGAAGUUUGACUAUCCUUCAUUUAUUCGAUAUAUAAAUUUAAAUAUUAUCUGGGAGGCUUUAUACGUCUUAUAUUCACCAAACACGUCAAAUUCGGAACCACCUAACGAUCCAAACUUGUUUAAUGACAUUGAAUCAACGCUUACGCUUUAUUCUUCUAAACUUGACGAAUAUUCCAAUGGAGACAUAAAAAACAAUAUUCUGGAACUUUUGUUACAACCGAAAAUCAGUGAUCUUUUAAGUAUUUCGAAAGAAUUACUAUGG